AUGAGCGGGGACAAGAUCAAGAGAGCUGGAUUUGGGAUGCAAAUGGAUCAGCAACAACAAAGUUUCCAAGGAAUUAGCAUUGUGACUGAGGCAUAUGCCGCCACCAACAAUCCUUCUUCCCAGCAGCAGCUUCCUGUCACGGGCCAUGUUGUGGUUCAGAGAGGAUCCUCUGCCCUCCCUUGCUGUGGUAUUGGCCUCGGUUGGUUCUUGUUUAUAUUGGGAUUCAUAUUGGGUGCAAUUCCAUGGUAUGCUGGGGCUUGCGUUUUCCUCUGUGCCAAGUAUGACAACCGCGAGAAGCCUGGACUGAUUGGUUGCUGUGUUCUU